AUGUUGAUUUUUAAACAAAUAUAUUUAUUACUUUGGUUAUUUAUAACUUCAGUAUUAUCAUUAGAUAUUACGGAAAAUAGAGUAGAUAGAGGAACAAUUGAUUUAAAUGUUGGAGAUAUUACAAUUCAUUCUGGAGCAUAUUGGUCAAUUAUAAAUAAUGCAGUUUCAGCAUUUGUAUCAAGUCUUAAUGUUCAAUCAAAUGCAGGAUUAUAUAUUUCAAGUAUUUCACCAAUGAUUUCAUUACAAGUUACUUUAUUAGGUUUAUUAAAUAAUAUUCAAAAUGAUGGUAUAAUUUCUUUUAACGCUUUAGCUUCAUUAACUUCAUCAACUUAUAAUUUAAUUGGUAUGUCAUUUACAAAUAAUGGUGAAAUGUAUUUAGCUUCAUCAGGAGUUUUACCAAGUGUUGUUAGUAUUACUUCUGCUACUUGGAAUAAUAAUGGUUUAUUAGUAUUUUAUCAAAAUCAAAGGACUUCUGGUGCUGUUAAUUUAGGUACUCCUGCAAUGACUAUAAAUAAUAAUGGUCAAAUUUGUUUUCAUAAUCAAGUUUAUACUCAAAUGACUAAAAUUGAUGGUACUGGUUGUAUAAUAGCAGAAGAAAAUUCCUCAAUUUAUAUUUCAAAUGCCUUAUUACCUGUAUCAACAGGUCAAACAUUUUAUUUAAAAGAUGGUGCAUCAUCAAUUAUUGUUCAAGCUCUUUCAACUCCUCAAACUUUUAAUAUUAAAAAUUUUGGUCAAGUAAAUGGUGUUUCAAAUAAAAUUGGUUUAACAAUUCCUUUAGUUACUAUUCCUUUUAUUAGUCAAGCUUAUGAUUAUAAUUCUGGUACUGGUAUUUUAACAUUAAGAGGUGCAGGUUUAUUAUCACAAAGAUUUAACAUUGGUUUAGGAUAUGAUAGUUCAAAAUUUCAAAUUGUUACAGAUAAUGGAGCAGGAAUACCAUCAACUAUAUUAGGAUCUGUUGUUUAUAAUGGACCACCACCAAAUCCAGGUUUACCAUCUCAAUGUAUCGCCUGUAAACCACCACCAUCUAUUCCAGGUGCUGAACCAACUGAAUAUACUACAACUAUUACAACAACAAAUACUGCUGGUCAAACAAUAACUCAAACUGGUAUUGUUGAUGUUAGUACUGAUUCUGCUGGUUCAUUCACAAGUACUACAAGUUUUUUUUCAACACCAACUGCUUACACAACAACUUGGACUACAACUGAUUCAACAGGUGCAACUCAAACUGAAUCUGGUAUAGUUACUCAAUCAGGAACUUCAAUAAGUACUUACACUACAUUUCCACCACCAAUUACAACUCAAUAUACUACUACUUGGACUACGACAGGAACCGAUGGAUCAGUUUCAACAGAAUCAGGUAUUGUUACUCAAUCAGGAACUUCAUUAACUACAUUUACUACAUUCCCACCACCAAUUACUACUCAAUAUACUACUACUUGGACUACGACAGGAACCGAUGGAUCAGUUUCAACAGAAUCAGGUAUUGUUACACAAUCAGGAACUUCAUUAACUACAGUUACUACUUUCCCACCACCAAUUACAACUCAAUAUACUACAACUUGGACAACUACUGGAACAGAUGGAUCAGUUUCAACAGAAUCAGGUAUAGUUACUCAAUCAGGAACUUCUUUAACAACAGUUACUACAUUCCCACCACCAAUUACUACUGAAUAUACAACUACUUGGACAACCACUGGUACAGAUGGAUCUGAAAUUACUGAAUCAGGUAUAGUUACUCAAUCAGGAACUUCUUUAACAACAGUUACUACAUUCCCACCACCAAUUACUACUGAAUAUACAACUACUUGGACAACCACUGGUACAGAUGGAUCUGAAAUUACUGAAUCAGGUAUAGUUACUCAAUCUGGAACUUCAUUAACAACUAUUACAACAUUCCCACCUCCAAUUACAACUGAAUAUACAACUACUUGGACAACAACAGGAACAGAUGGAUCAGAAAUUACAGAAUCAGGUAUAGUUACUCAAUCAGGAACUUCUUUAACAACAGUUACUACAUUCCCACCACCAAUUACUACUGAAUAUACAACUACUUGGACAACCACUGGUACAGAUGGAUCUGAAAUUACUGAAUCAGGUAUAGUUACUCAAUCAGGAACUUCUUUAACAACAGUUACUACAUUCCCACCACCAAUUACUACUGAAUAUACAACUACUUGGACAACCACUGGUACAGAUGGAUCUGAAAUUACUGAAUCAGGUAUAGUUACUCAAUCUGGAACUUCAUUAACAACUAUUACAACAUUCCCACCUCCAAUUACAACUGAAUAUACAACUACUUGGACAACAACAGGAACAGAUGGAUCAGAAAUUACAGAAUCAGGUAUAGUUACUCAAUC